CGAACGUUCCAACAGACAAAACAACUGGUCUUGUCUGAAACAGAUCAAAAGUGCUGGUAUAAAACGCCGUAGCCAAAUCCAAUAUGCACUAUCCCUCCUGAUUAAAGUAACAUAUAGGAACUAGGGAGGUAGAAGUUAGACCUGGAACCCAUCUCUCCUUCCUGUAUAUCUAUCUCUGUUCCCUAUUUACAUGUAUAAUAACAAAAAUAUGGAGAUGUCCAAGAGGACACCAUCUUCGGCCAUGGCUAUCUUUCUUGUAUUUGCUCUUUUUAUCCAACAUUUCUCAGCAGUGCAAUCGAUAGGUGUUAACUAUGGUACCGUUGCAGACAACCUUCCGCCACCGGCUCAAGUUGUUCAAUUCAUCAAAGACAAAACCUUCAUAGACCGCGUGAAGAUAUUCGAUGUCAACCCCGACAUCAUCCGGGCCUUCGCCAACACCGGAAUCUUGCUCACCGUCACGGUCCCCAACGGAGAGAUCCCCAACCUCACCAACAUCAGAUACGCUCGCAGAUGGGUGAAUGAGCACAUCAAGCCAUUCUACCCGCAAACCAAAAUCAACUACAUUGCCGUAGGAAAUGAGGUCCUCCACUGGGGACCCCAGAAUCUAAUCGACAACCUCGUUGCUGCCAUGAGGACCCUUCACCAGGCUCUCGUCAAGAAUGGCAUCACAGAUAUAAAGGUGACGUCACCACAUUCUCUAGGCAUUCUCGAAUCUGCUAAGCCGCCCAGCCUGGCUAAAUUCAGGCCUGGUUGGGAUGUAGGUGUUUUGGCACCCAUGUUGCAAUUUUUACGCGAAACCAAGUCUCCUUUUAUGGUCAAUCCGUACCCGUAUUUCGGUUUCGACCCCAAGGAGAUUGACUUCGAUCUCUUCAGACCAAACAGAGGAUAUUACGACAGGUUUUCCAAGAGGAGUUACGCGAACCAGUUUGAUUUGCUGUUGGAUGCGGUUUUUAUGUCUAUGAAGAGACUGGGAUAUGCGGAUGUGGACAUUGUGGCAGCCGAGACGGGUUGGCCAUCCCAAGGGGAAACAUUUGAGCCACAAUGCACUCCUGCUAAUGCUGCUGCGUAUAACGGAGGAUUGGUGAAGAAGUACAACUCUGGGACUGGGACUCCAUUGAUGCCGCACAGGAAGAUUGAGACGUACAUCUUUGCCUUGUUCAAUGAGAAUCAGAAACCGGGUUCAUUGGCUGAGAGAAGCUGGGGAUUGUUCAGGCCUGAUUUUACUCCUGUUUAUGACGUUGGAAUUAUGCGGGGGGGACAGUCGUCACAGCCAGUUCCGGUGCCAGCAGCACCGGCAUUGCAGGGCAAGAAAUGGUGCGUGCCAAAGGCAGGGGCCACAGACGCCGCACUGCAAAGCAACAUAGAUUACGUUUGCAGCCAGGGCUUAGAUUGCAGCCCGAUUCAAGCCGAGGGCGCCUGCUUCAAUCCCAACAAUGUGAGGUCUCAUGCAGGUUUUGUGAUGAACUCAUGGUACCAAUCCAAGGGCAAAGCUGACUAUAACUGUGAUUUCUCUCAAACCGGUUUCCUCACCUCUACCAACCCUAGUUAUGGCACAUGCCAAUACACCAGCUAGGAUAUCAGUAGUAAUUUGCAACAGGAAGGAGCUGCUGCAUGGAUUUAAACCAAAAUGGCAUCUAAUUUAUUGGGUUCUCCAUUAUUUAUUCAUCUGAUCAUCUCUUAGUCAAUCACUUAAUUAACCUCAAUAUUUAUGUCCGUUCUGUUAAGUAUUGUAUUGGACGAUUCUCUGCGAUAUAGAGUUGUGUGCCGGCUACGUGCAUGCCGAAAAUUGUACCAUAUCAUAACUUAACUUGUAUUUUAUAUGUGUCAGAAUCCGGGAGCGGUUUUUUUCUUUU